ACCAAGACCACAAGGGCCACAAGUGACCGCAAGUGACCACCACCACAGCGAGUAGGCGUAACUGUUGCAUUUGUGUUACCGGAUAUUAAGUUUUUAAUGGAAGCGUGAAUGCCGAGAAUUGUGCUACAGAGAGCUGAAGAAACAUUUUCUGCUGUGACAGAAAGGAUGAACUGUACAAAUUCAGAGAAGGUUUUAGUGGGUCCCUAUGGUGAGAUAUACCCAGUAAGUCAUGAUGCAAACCAGGCCAUGAAUAUAAAAGCUGAGGAAGUCUCAGACUCACAAGAGGAAGUGGAUCCUGUGCAAGUCACAGUUCAGGAAGUAAAGGCUGAACCUAAGAACUGUACAAAUUCAGAGAACGCUUUAGUGGGUCCGUAUGGUGAGACGUACCCAACACCUCAUGAUGCAAAUCAGGCCAUGAAUGUAAAAGCUGAGGCAGUGUCAGAUGCAGAAGAGGAAGAGGAUCCUGUCCUAAUAACAUUUCCAAAAAUAAAGGCUGAACCUGAGGGUAAUUUGAAUGAACUUCAACCUGUACGUGGUGAAGAGCGACGAUAUUCCUGUGAUGAGUGUGGUGAAUCACUCGGUCAAGAGCAAAUUCUGAUAGCACAUCGACACAUACAUAGUGGGGAGCAGUCAUUUUGCUGUGGUGUGUGUAAUAAGACAUUCAGUCAGCAGAGUCAUCUGAAGAAACAUCAGCGCAUACAUAAUGGGGAGAAGCCACUUUGUUGCAUCGUGUGUAAUAAGUCAUUUCGCUCUAAGAGUGGUCUAAAGAGGCAUCAGCGCAUACAUAUUGGGGAAAAGCCAUUUUGCUGUGAUGUAUGUAAUAAGUUAUUUAGUCGGCAGAGUAAUCUGAAGAAACAUCAGUGCAUACAUCAUGGGGAAAAACCAUUUUGUUGUGAUGUAUGUAAUAAGUUAUUUAGUCAUCAGAGUGAUCUGAAGAAACAUCUGCACAUACAUAGUGGGGAAAAGCCAUUUUGUUGUGAUGAAUGUAAUAAGUCAUUUUGUGAUCAGAGUACUUUGAAGAAACAUCAGAGCAUACAUAGUGGGGAGAAGCCAUUUAGUUGUGAUGUAUGUAAUAAGUCGUUCAUUUUGAUGGGUGAUCUGAAGAAUCAUAUGUUCAUACAUAGUGGGGAAAAGCAAUGUUGUUGUGAUGUAUGUAAUAAGUCGUUCAUUUUGAAGAGUAAUCUGAAGAAACAUAUUUUCGUACAUAGUGGAGAAAAGCCAUUUUCCUGUAAUGUAUGUAAUAAGUCAUUUAGUCUGAAGCAUAAUCUGAAGAUACAUCAGCAAAUGCAUAGUGGCGAAAAGCCAUGUUGCUGUGAUGUAUGCAAUAAGUCAUUCCAUGAUCAGAGUCAUUGGAACAGACAUCAGCUCAUACAUAUUGGGGAAAAGCCAUUUUACUGUGGUGUAUGUAAUAAGUCAUUUAGUCAGCAGAGUAAUCUGAAGACACAUCAGCGCAUACAUCGUAGGGAAAAGACAUUUUGUUGUGAUCAACAACUCCACCUUGAGGUCGUGCCGGACAUGGUGGAGUGCACCAACAGAGAUCCUGAGUUCCUGAAGACUGUGAUCACUGGUGAUGCGUCAAGGGUGUAUGGAUAUGACCCGGAAACCAAGGUCCUGGCAUCACAAUGGAAGCGUCUGACAUCCCUGAGGCCCAAAAAAGCACGACAGGUUUGGAAUAAGUGGUUCUUUGGGAGGGAGCAGUACACAAAGGCUGGUGGUAUGAUAGCAUACUUUCUUACAGACAGGGCGGGUGGUAUGAUACGAUACCCUAUUACCGACCGAGCUUUCGGCACUGGCGGUAGCCAUUUUGUAUCAGUAGAAUUGCCUCCGGACACUGCGGUAGCAGUGAUACUUUCAUGA